GUAGUAUACAGGUAUACUGUCAUAAUUUAUUUUUGUAUAAACGGAAGUGUCUCUUUUUAAUUACUUGCUCAAGUUAUGGAACAACCAAACAAAAAUGCCUCGGAAGGCAUAGUGCCAUUGGGAAUAACUCCACUGAAUGAUUCAAACUCUGAACUGAACCAGCCAAAAUCUGAACAUGAAUGCCCAAUAUGCUGUCAUUGGUUGAGAGAUCCAGUGCAAACCUCAUGUGGACACAGGUUCUGCAUUGAUUGCAUAGUGCCUUGGAUCAAGAACAGUGGUUAUUGUCCAUUGGAUAAUGACAAGCUGGGCAUGGAGAAUAUAUUCCCAGACAACUUUGUCAAACGAGAGAUACUGAAUCUCACAUUGAGUUGUCCAAAUAGUAGCAAAGGUUGUAAAGCAACCGUCAGUCCUCUGGACUUUGAGUCCCACCUAGAGUCAUGCAAGUACAAUCUUCCGCAGACAUCUUCACAGCCCGAGAUCCGGGUGCCAUGCUCUUUCCAUGCGGUCGGCUGCAAGGAAACAUUUAACACUGAAAAUGAUAUGAGCAAUCAUUUGAACAAUGACACACAGAAUCAUUUAAGUUACCUAAUGAACGCAUACUCAGAGUUAAAGAUGAGCAAUGACAUGUCUAAUGCAAACAUCGACGCUAAAGAGCAAGAAGCGAUGGUGCUGUGGGACGCACCCGAUAAAAACAAUCCGGAGGCAUCCUCGGCGCCACUCAACAACACCAGCGCCCUAAUCAGGUCAGUCUUUGAACGAGUCGUUAUAUUAGAACAGAGAAACCGCGAGCAGGCGAUCUGUAUCGCCAAUUUGACCAAAAAAGUGGAUGUACUGUCCGCACUUACUAACUAUAACCACGUGCGCUACUGCAUGGGCAAUUAUAUAUGGAAAAUAGAAUGCUUCAAGGACAGACUGCAAAAGAUGUCACAGAACCACAACAGUAUGCUGUACAGUCCUGGAUUUUAUACGUCGCCUUAUGGUUACCGAUUCUGCCUGCGUCUCAACAUAUCACCACAAAAUCCUCAGUGCUUUGCUCUCCACGUGCAUAUGAUGAGAUCAGAACACGACAACUCUCUGGAAUGGCCGUUCAACGGUCGCAUAUCAUUCGCCAUGAUCAACCAAUAUGACUCUGAUAAAACGCAGAAGGACACAAUGAUGUCUAUAUCUCAUCUAACGGCGUUCAAGAAACCCACGCUGGAUAUAUGCCCUAGAGGCUUCGGGUAUACUACGUACGCGAUGAUCGAGGAUGUUGUAGACAAUGGUUUUGUGAAGGAUGACACUUUAAUAAUUAGGGUACAGAUCAAAUGUGUAUGACAUGAGGAGUGAAUAUUUUUUUAAUACUGGGUAUGAGAAAUGACCUCCGCAUGGAAAAUCGAAGACAUAAUUAUAUAUAUUUAUAUGAGGACCCUUAUUGCAGAUCGAAAAAAUUACUAUUUCUGG